GACAGGGGAAGGAGCCAAGCAAAAUACAUAGACCUGGAAUAACAGCACGAAAUUAAUUAACAAGUUCAACAAAUUCUAAGAAUUAUCCUCUACCUUCUGCUGGUUUAGCAUUUUCCAUAUUGUUUGAUUGCCAGACGAUGCAUAGUCUUGGAAUUACACGAUUAGUGGUUGUUGGGGUCCCACCCCUGGGCUGCAUGCCCCUUGUCAAGACACUAAUGAACCAGGAUACAUGUGUGGAGAAGUAUAACAGUUUCUCCGCCUCCUUCAAUUCCAAGAUAAAAGCGAAGUUGGCAACCUUGAGGACAACAUUAGGGAUGAAACUUGGCUAUGUUGAUGCUUAUGGCAUCAUUCAGGAUGCCGUGAACAACCCAAAGAAAUAUGGUUUGAUUGAAAUUUCAAAAGGGUGUUGUGGGUCGGGGACUGUAGAGUAUGGAGAUUCAUGCAAAGGUUUGAGCACAUGUGCUGAUGCAUCAAAAUAUGUAUUCUGGGAUGCUGUUCAUCCGACAGAAAAAAUGUACGAAAUAAUCGCUGACCAGGCUAUAGAUUCUCUCGAAGAACAGCUGAGGGGUUAGCUGGAAUUUUAGGUAGAUCUGUAAGUGUAGUAACUAGGUAUGCUUGCACGAAGAGUAAUCAGUAGAUAAGACAAUGUUUUGUUUAAUUUGGCUAGAUAUUUCAGUUUGUAUUGUUUGGUAUCCAUGUAUCUCGUCGUAGUAUUUUCAAAAUGCAUCCAGAAAGAUAUGAGGUAACUUA